CUCGAAUGUCUUGUCAAUAUAAUAGACAAUCUUUGACCGAACUAAAAAAGCGGACUUUUACGGAGCGGGUGAACGUUCACAAAACGCCCCUUCUUCCUUAUAUGGGUGUUCAUUCCACCCUGUUUCCUUUUUUCUAUUAUCCCCGCCUCUUUUCACUGAGUCAAUUCGCACCAUUGCAGCCAUUUUAAUCUAGACUUCAGUUGCCACUGGACCGAAUGAUGCUUGCUUAAAACCGUUGAAAGCUUGUUGUACUGACUCUUCGGUUGCCUAGGCAAAGCUCCCCCUCCCUGCAGCACAUGCAAUCAGGAGCAGAGACCCUGGGGCCUUUCAGAACAGGGUGAAAAGAAAAGACAGACUUCGGGAGCUCUCAAACAUUUUACCUCAAGGCAGAUGUCAUGAAUUACACAGACCCGGUUGUGGAGAAGGCCGUCAACUCCUGGUCCAGAAUCGCCUCGGCUGGACAGACUGUCCUUCUAGAGGCAUUACAGAUCCUCAACCCCAUGUCAAAGGAUCUCUCAGACACCGAGGAACUAGUAACCUUUCUCCAAGGGCUUAAAGAAGAAGGCCACAAGCCCACCGUGCUACGAAGCAAAGAUGUUUAUGGAUAUAGAUCUUGUACAGCCAAAACACUAUCAGAAGAGAUGUACUGUACGGACAUGGCUAGCAAGGGCUCAAGGACAGGCAAGAAGAGGGGAAGGAAGAAGAAGAAGAAGGAGUCUAACAAGUACGCAUCGUGGACUACUAGUGCAUCAGAAUCUCACAAGGGAUCGGUCUUUCCCAGACCUCCUGUUAUGACUAUUGAUCCUCAAUGUCUGAAACUAACAAACAUUACAGGUUUGACGAGAAGACACACCGCGAGACUACAGAUUCACUCUCAACUUCCAACACUUUCAGGGAUACCGUUGCUGCCUUCGCAGAACAUGGGUAGAACACCAAAAGCAGCGGCAAUGGUCGGUCAAAGGUAUCAUCCCUCCUGUCCGGAAUGGAACGGAGCCCUUAUCGGAGACUCCGCCCCGGUGAUGUAUCAAAACGGCCGAGGAGUUUACAACUACGAGAUUGACGUGUCAAACCACAGACGGUCCUGGAGGGACGACCAGUCUCUGUGGGCGAUGAACGAUCAGGAGGAGUGUCGUCUGGAUGAGAACAGCCUGCGGUGGAAGGUGGUCAAAGUGGACGACUGCAUCACGGUGGAGGAACUGAGGAGGAAGGCCCAGAGGAUCCUGCAGGUGAACCUGUCCCCUGUGAUACAGAUACGUCCGCUAUAUGAACCUGUAGCGGAAUACCAGCGUGAUAGCUCCAGUGACUUCUUGGUUUAGCCUAGCUAGCCUAGCGUUCAUUUUGCAACAAGGCUCGACUGUGGUCUGACUUUUACUGUUGACGCCAGAAGGGAACAUCAUGUCGGCAUCGUCUGACCACAGUAAAGAUUUUUUUUUUUUUUUUGUAUUGUGCAGCGACGGGAUGAUGGCAUGAAUCUAACGUGUCAACAGGACUGAAGAAACUGACGUGUCACAGAAGUUACACACGGAGGUGCUUGAAAGACACUCCAUAGACAUUACAGUGCAGAAUGGUGCUCAGUAGCUGUUUUUUUUUUUUUACCAGGUUCUGUUUUGUACCUUGAGUAUGGACUGAUAGAUUUGGUAAACAGUGUCACUGUAGGAUCACUUUUCUUGCAAGAACAAAAAUAAAAUGUUGACCCUAUUUGGUCUAGCCUACACGACAGUUUGCAGAUUUCGGUCACCUGAAAUUAAUGUGCAAGACUUAUCUUGAUUUAGCUCUUCCUGUUGUCACGGACUCAUUUGAUUUGCCAUUUUUAUCUACUUUUGUGUAGUCUAGACUGUUUUCAUUGAGUUUAAACUUUGACGGCCUCAAAUGUAUUCUGUGUUUGCUGAAUGUAAGCACUUGAAUCGUAACAAAUCCAUUGCAGGACUAAGUUAAAAUGGCCUUAUUCUUUUUACCUAAAAUAAAUAGUAUUUUUGUAGUGGCUUUUUUAAAAAUCUAAUUAUUUUUUCUCUGGGUAAAGCAUUUAAUAGCAUCAACAACCACCCUCUUCAUCUUUGAAGUAUUUUAUUGAACCUGAAUUGCAAGAACUAUUCCAGACUUUUGAAAAUGGCAACACGAACGGAUAUUAGUUUUAGAUCGGACGCUAACUUUGCAUCGGCGCUAACUGGGAACUAAAAUCUGUCCAUUUGUGAAGAAGUUGCCACAACGUGUUUUUGUGAUCUAUCUUUCAUCAUUGGUGUAGUUGAAUGGUUUGGGAUGCGCUGCUCCCAUGACUUAUUUUAAGUUUGACAUUGAACAUGUAUCGUAGUGGCAACGUCAGUCGAGGGUAGCCUGCUUCACAGGGACUGUGUCACAAAUGGCACCCAAUUCCCUUUAUAGGGCACUACUUUUGACCCUAUUCCCUUUAUAGGGCACUACUUUAGACCAGAGCCCUAUUCCCUUUAUAGGGCACUACUUUUGACUACCUGGGUCCCAUAGGGUUCUGGUCAAAUGUAAUGCACUUAAUAGCGAAUAGGGUGUCUUUUGGGACACAGUCAUUGUGGUUUAGCCUCUUAGUGCUUUGUUUUUAUUGGCUGCGUCUUCAUCCGGCCUCACUCAGGAUUUAAUUGGCGCCUCGUGUUGAUAUUUUCACCAUCCCAGAAGUUGCAGGACAAAAGUACAGUCAAAUUCAGGAGUGGGUUAAGUUUAAGUUUUUUCUUUUUGUUAGGUCAGGUUUAAUGUUAAGGGAAAGUGAAGUGUUCAAAUGUUUUGAAUCAUGUUGUGGCCCAGAAAUCAGGGCCUUAAGUUGAUCCUUUGUUGCCAUAUGUUGAAAAUAUUGUAAAUGUUACUGAAUGGUUGUGUUCAGGCCAGGGACCAAACAGUCAUUGCGAUUGCCAAAGGUUUUCUUAGAGAUAAUUACAGCAGAUUACUAUGGCUGUAAAAUACGUUUUUUCUUUUCUUUUUUCAGCCAAUCUUAAUUUCAAUGUACCGGUAUAAAAUGACUAAGUUAAGUUGCCAUGUUAUUUUGAACUAGGGUAUGUAUAUAUGCACAAAAGGUCAUGGUUUUUUACAACACUUAUUUGCAGCAAAUACAAUUUUCACGGGAUCUUUAAAGCCUAAUUUAUACCUCGUGCAAGUAUGCAACGCAAGAACGUAAUUGUCUACUCAAAAUGGCAAUCCUGCAGAGUUUCGAGUUAAACAUGUGCCGCUCUGCAAUUUGUAUGUACGCAGAAUGGCCAUUUUGCUUUAGAUAAUUGUUAUUUGCGUUGCACUCGCGUCUUGUAUAGAUAAGUACUCUUGUCACAUGACACAGGGCUACAUUUUUUGCAGGUUCCAUGUGUCUCCCAGAUGUGUCUGAUUUGUUGCAGUUUGCUGAACAAAACUGUACAGUGUGUGUGUUGGAUUAAAUUUUCAGAAAUUGCUCAAUAAAAUGAAUCUAAAAAAGGCAUUUGA